CCUUACCAUUAACAGAAAUGGUUCAAACGAAAAAUAUCUCCGGUACAAAAAGACACGGAAUAUAGCUGGUUUAUUUUGGAAACUAAGAACAGCUUUUUGUCCGUAUUAUAACCUUCUGUCAUUUCUCCAAUGAGGAGCCAGAGCUGACCUUUUGCCAAGAUGGAGGUGGCCCUGUCUGAGCCCCUCAGGAGGGGGACACCACUGCCCCUGAGCCAGCUGGUGGAGGAGAGGAGCAGAGCCAGCAUCCCCAAUCAUCUGCUGGAAUCGAAAAUCCACUCCAAACUGAGAAGCAACAGUCAGAUCCAGGCAGAACCCCCAGAGCUUCACUUCAGUGGGUUCAAACUCGGAGGGAGUUAUGUAAAGAUCCUGAAACUGAUAAACAUUUCAUCUGAUGUUGUGAAUAUUCAUAUAAUUCCAACCCUAACCAAGUACUUCCAAACAACUUACACCAAAAAGUAUCGACUCAUCCCAGGCCUCGCCUACAGUCUGAAGGUCGGAUUCUGUCCAGAUGAGUGGCGUUACUUCUACGACUGCAUUCGUGUUCACUGCCAGGGGGAAGAGAACCUGUUAAUUCCAGUUCAUGCUUACCCUGUCAUCGAUGACCUGCACAUCCCUCCUCGUAUUGACUUAUCAGCCGUACCACUUGGACAAAGUGUCUGCCAUGUCAUUCCUCUGAGAUGCAGCUGUCCCAUUGACUUUGAGUUUCAGGUGUUUGUUGUUCAGCCACAUGAGGCCUUCACCAUCCAUCCCCUCACAGGUGUGAUACCAGCCAUGGCUGAAGCCAUGAUCACCGUGACCUUUAGUCCUUUCCAGUAUGAGACUUCUCAAGUCACCUUCCAGCUGGUUCUUUCACAGUUUAACACCAAACCUUACCUGUGUACCAUCACUGGGAGCUCAGCUCCAAACUUGGCCCUCAGCUGGUCGGAAAGAAAGACAAGCCAAAGAGAUGCAGGACCUGGAGAAUACAGAGGACCUCAACCUGCCAUCCAAGUGCCUCCUCGAAGCAAAACCAGAUCAACCAAAGAGGCUGAUCAGACACUAAGAGAUCAGGGUGAUGUUAAGCAUGGACUAACACCCUCACUAGAUGUCUGUACCCCUGCAGGGGUGGCAAAGAUGCUGAUAAAAGAUGUCAGUAAACUCAGCUCCAAAGACCUGCAGCAAGCUUUGUCCUGCAGGAAAACGGCAGCACUGCAGAGUCGGGAGAUAAAGGAGGCGCUUUUCAUAAAAAAGGUCCAAGAAGCUGUGAGAGAGGAACAAGCCAACCAGCUGAAAUGGAAAACUCACCUGGGUAUGGAGCCUAUGUCAAAGCAGAGCAUGAUUCAGGUAGUGGAUGACAGAGAGACAGCUCUGGAUGAAUACAUGGUAAAAAGAGGAGAUUUGACGCAGGAUGAAGACUUUUCCUCUGACUGUACCAGACUUUCCUCCAGACGGGUGCUUCAUGAUGCAGGACAGUCCCCAGAGGGAGAACCAUCCUUCCAGUUUUACACCAGUAUUCAGUGGGAGCUGAAGCAUAAGGCCAUCAGACUCUUCCAGCAGGCAGCGUGCAAGGUUGUGAUCCAGUGUCGCAUGAAGCGAAUACUGGCCUGUUUGAAGAAACUGGCAGACAACAUGAAGACAUUUACCUCAACACAGAAAGCUGAGGAGGAGAAGACAAAUGAGCUGAAAAUCUCUCCAGACAAAAUCUCUCCACCAUCUUUCCCCAUCUUCUCUAAUGAGGAUGACCCUUUAGCUCUCAGUAAUUUAAUGAUGGUGCCUGUGGAUCCGGUUGAUGUCACCGUGACAACGCACAUUCCUUUCUUCAAGCUUCAGGUUCCCCAGCACUACAAGCUCAUGGGUUACCAGCCCGUUUCAGCCUGGGAAGCAUUUAACUCUUAUAUUCCCACAACUUUGGCAAGACCCCUUCGCAACGGAGCCCCGGCUCCUCAAGACGGAGCCCAAUUUGUCAGAGCAGUGGAGCCCAAAGCAAAGGAAGAGGAGACCGUUACUUUCUCUUUUAAGGCUCCUGAAGCUCUGCUCAGACCUUUUCCAGCAAACGCACUCCAAGUCUUUAAUCCAGCCCCGGGGCUUCAGACCUACAAACCUCACCCUAAAUACCUUGAGAGCGAUUUGGAGUUUCACCUCUGCCCUCUGCCGAGGUACACACUUCCUGGGAGCAACAUAUGUGACUCGAAGACACAAACGCCACACACUCAGUUUCUCCAUCACAAGAAAGCGAUCGCUGGGGUCAUGAAAUGGAAAGAUUUUGAAUCUGUUUUCUUGAAUCGCCUGUCCAACCAGCCAGAUGUCACCAGUGACUGUGCUCCACGCAGAACUGUCGACUACAACACUGAUAUUCUUCCACUCACAGCACCUCGUCCUCUCCCUGCCCUCCCCAGUGAUCCAGCACUAAUGGACACACAAACUGUGUGCAGGUGUGAAGGUUCAGAAAUCCAGCUGACACCAGAGAUGAUCAGAGCAGAGUUCCUGUCUGGGAAAGCUCUGGUCUCCAAUAGCAACCUCGCUGCAGGAGUAACAGCCAGGCACCAGAGAGAGAUGGAGGUGACCCACAGGUCUGAGAUCAGCCAGAUGGGAAAAAGAGUGAUGACCAGACUGAAGCAGCUUGAAUCGCCUCAUUCACCAGGAGAGAACUCUGAAUAGGCAAAACCUCCAUACAAACACAUACUGUAUAUGAAGACUAUCACAGGACUCCAGAGACACAUUAUGCAGCAGCCAUCCCACUCACCACAUGCAAGGCUCUCCUUUGUCUGCUUUAUACUUCAGUAAAAUAAAACCUGGUUACUUUUCCCACCCACCAAUAAACCUUCUCCCUACCCACUCAAAUUUACCAGCAAGCUUUUCUCCUGUGCUCUUAGAAAAGCUGGAAAUGUGUUAUCUCUCCACCCCCAGCACAGCUGCAGCACAUUCUGCCAAACAUACAGAACAACUGCACACAAUUAAAGAUCAUUUUUUCCUUUUGUUGUUAUGAAACACGAAGCUUGUUUCUGUUUGGUGACAAUAAAACAUGACCGACCCUUUCUUGAUUAGAUUGCACUUGCACCGUAAAGUAAUUUAUGCUCCUGUUUUUGUUCUCACCACGAGUCUUAAUUGAGCUCUGAUGAAGAUUCAGCUGUUAAUUUGUCCAGCGGCUUGCUGAUUUGUAGCAUCAGACCUCAAUAUUCACAUUUAUGUUGUAAUAAAAAAGAAAGCAG